GAGCCCAGCACGGCAACACCUGCAGCUGCUAUUGCCACUGUCAGCCGGCCAAGUCCCAGUCAUAACUCCCAAGUCCCAACCCAAUCAUGGCGUCGUCCGUCCACCAACUGGAGGAGCACGACGAGGCGGGAGAGGAGCACGAUCGCCAUGGCAUCCAGCUGAUCACCUCUCCGCUGCUGCAACCGUCGUCGCGGCGCCCGCAUGGCUCGGCGGAGGAAAAGGAGGCUGAAGCGGGGGACGACAACGGCUCUCCGAUCGAGCAGGUGGCGCUGACGGUGCCGGCGUGGGACGACCCGGCGACGCCGGCGCUGACGUUCCGGACGUGGGUGCUGGGCACGGCGUCCUGCGCCGCGCUCUCCUUCCUCAACGCCUUCUUCGGGUACCGCAAGGAGCCGCUCACCGUCACCGCCGUGUCGGCGCAGGUCGCCGUGCUCCCCGUCGGCCGCCUCAUGGCCGCGGCGCUGCCGGAGCGCGCCUUCUUCCGCGGCCGCCCGUGCGAGUUCACCCUCAACCCGGGGCCCUUCAGCGUGAAGGAGCAUGUCCUCAUCACCAUCUUCGCCAACGCCGGCGCCGGCACCGUGUUCGCCAAGAAUCUUGUGACCUCUGUCCGCGUCUUCUACGGCCAGCACAUGUCCUUCCUCAUCGCCCUCCUCCUCAUCCUCACCAGCCAGGUGAUGGGGUUCGGUUGGGCGGGAGUUUUCCGGCGGUAUCUGGUGGAGCCGGCGGCGAUGUGGUGGCCCUCCAACCUCGUGCAGGUCUCCCUCUUCAGGGCACUUCAUGAGAAGGAGCGAAGGAGAAAAGGUAGCAUGACACGCAACCAGUUCUUCACGGUGGCAUUCAUCUGCAGUUUCGCCUACUACAUCUUCCCGGGCUACCUGUUCCAGAUGCUCACCUCCCUCUCCUGGAUCUGCUGGGUGUUUCCCAGCUCUGUGAUUGCCCAGCAGCUCGGCUCAGGCCUCCAUGGCCUUGGCAUCGGUGCAGUUGGACUCGACUGGUCGUCCAUCUCCUCCUACCUCGGAAGCCCCCUUGCUAGCCCCUGGUUUGCCACCGCCAACAUCGCGGCUGCCUUCUUCAUUGUCGUGUACAUAAUCACACCGAUCAACUACUGGUUCAAUGUUUACAAGGCACGCAACUUCCCCAUCUACUCAGAUGGCCUCUACACGGUGGCUGGGCAGAAGUACAACAUCUCUAGCAUCAUGGACUCCCAUUUCUACUUCGAUACAGACGCCUAUGAGAAGAGUGGGCCACUGUACAUCAGCACGUUCUUCGCUUCCAGCUACGGUCUUAGUUUUGCAUGCCUUACCGCGACGGUUUCCCACGUUCUCCUUUUCCAUGGAAGUGAAAUAUGGCAGCUAAGCAAAUCAGCUUUCGAGGAUAAGAAGAUGGACAUACAUACCAAGCUUAUGAGGAGAUACAGGCAGGUCCCCGAGUGGUGGUUCAUCUGCAUCCUUGUGGCUAGUGUUUCAGCCACCAUGCUUACCUGCGAGUACUACAUUGAGCAACUGCAGCUUCCUUGGUGGGGAGUACUGCUUGCAUGUGCCCUUGCCAUUUUCUACACCCUUCCUAUUGGAAUUCUCAAAGCAACAACCAACCAGGCUCCAGGCUUGAAUGUCAUCACAGAGUACAUCAUGGGGUACCUAUAUCCCGGACGACCCAUGGCGAACAUGUGCUUCAAAGUAUACGGCUACGUUGGCCCACAUCAAGCACUAGAGUUUUUGCAAGAUUUUAAGUUGGGCCACUACAUGAAGAUACCCCCAAGGGCCAUGUUCACGGCUCAGGUUGUGGGCACUUUGAUUGCGGGCUCCGUAUACCUUGGAACAAUAUGGUGGCUCCUGGACACAAUACCUGAUGUGUGCAACACAGAGCUUCUCCCAGCAGGCAGCCCUUGGACAUGCCCUUACGAUCAUGUGUUCUACGAUGCAUCCGUAUUAUGGGGCCUUAUCGGCCCACGCAGAAUAUUUGGUGAUUUAGGCACUUACUCCGCUGUGAACUGGUUCUUCCUGGGCGGUGCCAUUGCUCCCCUCCUUGUCUGGUGUACACACAAGGCAUUCCCAGCUCAGAAAUGGAUCCGGCAUGUCAAUGCGCCUGUACUGAUUGGCGCAACCACCUUCAUGCCACCUGCCACUGCAGCCAACUAUACCACGUGGAUACUCGUUGCGUUUCUGUCAGGUUACGUGGUCUAUAAGUACCGGCGUAACUGGUGGGAGCGACACAAUUAUCUGCUGUCAGGUGCCCUUGACGCCGGUUUGGCGUUCAUGGCUGUGUUGCUCUAUCUAUGCCUGGGACUGGAGAAUAAAAGUUUGAACUGGUGGGGCAAUGAUCUGGACGGAUGCCCUCUUGCUUCAUGCCCCACUGCAAAGGGUAUAACUGUGGAUGGAUGUCCAGUGCAUAACUGAGAGAGGUCACCAUUCAGUAUUUGAGGGUAGAAUUACAUUAUCUCUAAAGGGACAUAUGCACAGAUCACUGAACCAUACAGAUAAUUGAGAGGUUCCCUUAUUGCUGCAUCCAUGCCUAGGAGUGGAGAACAAAAGUUUUUGCUAGGACAAUGGUUUGGAUGGAUGGCUUCAUGCCACGCUGCAAAGCACAUUGAACUUCACAUAGAUGUCUGGUGCAUAAUUGAGAGUAUUCUAAUCAUUGCCAGUACUGGGGGAUAAAACUAGAUUAUAUCUUGAUGACACCAUCAAAGAUCAAUGUAGUCUUUGCCAAAUUAUAAAAGAUCUCAACUACAUGAUGAAGACACAGUCAGAAGUGUGAGUGUAUUUCAGAUAAGAACUAACCAGAUUCAGAUUAGAACUAAUCAGCAGGAAUAGCAGCCAUUAAUGAAUACAAAUGGCUGGAGUCUGACAGGAGUAGCAUUGCAGCACCUGCUGGUAAAAAACACAAUCAGGCUGCUCACUGUUUUUUUUUUUUUUUUGCAAACGUGCCCUGAUAGCGUCAGAGCAGUUGUGGGUAACGAGUGUGUCGUACGUACCACUGUAACAGUUGGUAAUUGUCGCAUGUCAGCUGUCAGCACAGGUCGAUCAUCUGCUGAACACUAACGCUCCCGAGGCCCUCCACGAGUUCACCUCAUGCACAGCACAGAUGGCGCAGCCAUGCCUGCGUCCCCUAGUUCCGACCAACCGCUGCUCGUGGGGCUACACUGCAGCACCCGGAACAGUCCCCCGCGUUCAGGCAUUUCGUCGAGCACGCCGGGGUCACCAAUCACGAGCACCGGCUCGCGCGAGGCGCCGAGGGGGGCGACGUCAUGGGGUGGCGAAGAAACAUGCACGAGGUGCGUCCCCGCUCCCCGGGCGAGUGGGUGAUUCGGCAGACGGCGGGCCUGUUGGGCGGCCAUGGCCACGCGAUGGCGGUCGGGCCAGCACGGAGCACA